AUGCUCUGGAGAUAUCUUAUUACUAUGGCGAUCCAGCUUUGCUGGAUAAAUCUCGGUGUUUCUGAGCUUACGAUUCCGAUUCCCUGGGUUGGAGACGGGCCCGAUUACUUCCAAGGCUAUGGCGCCAAUGCCCUUGGCUCGCAUGGCGACGCGACUUCUUAUGCGAUCAACUGCCUUGCCACAGAAACUACCUGCGAGCCGUUUUCGCCCGAUCUGACCGUUAUUGCUGGACCUAGUACAUAUGAUAUGAUUGGCAGCGGCUUUGCGUUUGACAUCAAAUCCGGCUGCACGUUCACUGGUGAUCCCACACCUACCCUCGCGACUUGUGUCCAAACAAUCUCAUACCACAACACUCCACUUGUGACUACGUCCUCGAUUACUGUCACUGGAACCGGCAAUCCGAGCACCGGGAUCUACCCUGCGAUGUUGCGCAUGACUGAUACUGGAAAGCCUACCACAACCAACCAGCCUGCCACAACCGAUCAGCCUACCGCGACUGAAACCUGGAGCCUUCCCAGCAUCCAAGACACCGCAUCGACUGAACCCUUGACUGCUGCUAGGACUAGAACCCACAUCUCGACAGCCACUGGCAUCCAGAUUCCCCCUCGUCCUGGUAAUUCAACCAGUUACUCAAACGGCACUGAGACAGUGACAGUGACGCUGAUUGUGACCGAGGCCCCCAUCGCUGUUACUUGCAAGUGUGACUGUGAGUGCCCUACUCGUUCUCAGGCCGACGAACAUGUGAUUUCGAGCACCCCGCCCAACAAUGCCAUAGGAAAGCAGGUAGCUUUGUCGCUGAUGGGUGCAAUUCUCGCCGUUGUUGUCUUCUGCAUGUGA